GUAUCUUGGAACUGUUGAACCUGACAUCAACUCAAGUCAUAUGUUUGAAUUAGGUCAUUCCUUUGAUCCAAUUUCCCCUCAAUUUUGUAUAUCUCAUUCUCAGAAUUCUUGGAUUGUGUUUGGCAUGCAAUCUUUCACUUAGAUUCAACCAAUUGAGUUGCAGAAAAUGGAGAAAACAAAGUCGAGUUGUGAAAAGGUCAGUAAUCAUAUACCUGCGGAUCUUACCGUUUCCAUUCUUUCAAAACUUUUUCUAAAAUCUUUGGUUCGAUUUAGAUGCGUAAGAAAAUCAUGGUCACUCUUAUUCCAAGACUCCUAUUUUAUGAAUAUGUACCGCAUCCAUUUUGCAUCUAAUCACAAUUAUAUGUAUGCCGAUGAUUCAUGUAUAACAUUAGAAGGACUUCAGCCAUAUCAACACGGGCACCAGGUCUUGUUUUCUCAUUCUGGGGAGAGAUUCAAAAAUAAAGUAAAAUUAGAUUUGCCGCCUCCAUUUCAAGAGAAUGACACGUGUUUUGAAUUCUUGGGUUCUGUUGUUGAUGGAACUAUUUGUUUCUACCAAGGUCUGAAGGUCGGAGUCUGCUACUUUAUGAAGAUUCUUGGGUCUGCAGUGGUAUGCACUGGUUGGGUUUUGAUUGCCUCCAGCAGGGGUGUGGUUCCUUCUCUUUGCAGACUGUCUCUGGUUGUCUAUGUGUAUGGUCAGAAGUGUCUUAUUUUUUUGUUUUUGUCUUCUAUGCUAGUACAAUGGUGUGUUUAAUAUUUUCAUUUUGAAACUAUUAGCAGUUUGGAUGAUGCUAAUUCUGAGUAA